AUGGGAGAAAUUUUGGCAAGCUAUGAAGAUGGAACGGUAUUGGAAGUGAAAGGAGCAGAGCAGAGUAAGGGCGCAGGGCAAGGUGAAGUCGCAGCUCCACCGUCUGCGGUGGUGGAGGGAGCGGCGGAGGUGGAUCCUUCUGUUGUCAGAUGGGAGAAGUAUCUUCCAAAAAUGGUUAUGAGAGUGCUGUUGGUGGAAGCUGAUGAUUCUACUAGGCAGAUUAUUACUGCUCUUCUCAGAAAAUGCAGUUAUAAAGUUACUGCAGUUCCUGACGGCUUAAAAGCAUGGGAGGUACUAAAAGAAAGAUCCUGUAACGUAGACCUCAUUUUGACAGAAGUCGAACUACCAUCAAUCUCUGGAUAUGCUCUUCUUUCGUUAAUCAUGGAGAACGAUAUCCGCAAAAACAUUCCCGUGAUAAUGAUGUCGUGGCAUGAUUCUCUUAGUACAGUCUACAAAUGCAUGUUGAAAGGUGCUGCCGAUUUUCUUGUGAAGCCUGUCAGGAAAAAUGAGCUGAGGAACUUGUGGCAACAUGUUUGGAGGAGACGACCCUCAAGUAGUGGUGAUAUUGGACUGCCAGAUGAUAGCAUUGAGCAACGAAAAACAGAAGCCACCGCAGAGAAUAAUGCUGUCAGUAAUAAUUCCGGUGGUUCAACGGCACACAUUCAGAGGAAUAGGGAAUGCAUUGAGAAAGGAAGCGAUUCUCAGAGCUCAUGUACAAAGCCAGAGCUUGAGACCGAAGGAGCAGAUGUUGAGCAUCUGCAAGGACUCACACAACCAAAAAGGAUUAAAAAUCUUUCGAAUGACAAAAAUGUACCAACAGAAGGAGAAUAUCAUCAAGAAAACAAGAAUUUGCUUAUGGCUGAUGCUGAUACCGGAGAAAUGGGAUCACAGGCUGUUGCGUGCGUAGAUGCCAAUGCAGUAACUCGAGGAGAAGAUAGAGAUUAUGAAGAUCAUCUGGACCAUGUCAAUGUCAUUAGUGAAGCUUCUGAGAAUAAUCAUGUCCCAGUGAAUUCUUGUAGUACCAUUGACUUAAUGGGAGCUUUUGAUAGUUACCUCAAAGGCACUUUUAGAAGUUUAGCUUCUAAUGCUAGUACAAGCAAGAUCGACUUUUUGCCGCUAUUGGAUCUUUCCUUGAGAAUAUAUCAUCCCAACGGCUUUGUGAAUCAAGCAAAUGAUGACAGGCCUAUUUUAAACCACUCGGAUGCAUCAGCCUUUUCUCGGUAUGUUAACAAGCCAUUGCAGUCCAACUAUUCGACAUCACCUAGCACUCGUGAUCAACAGAAAGACCAAAAAACCAAUUCUGAUAAACAAUCCUAUCAAACCCUUGAUCAUAACUCUGAUACACACGGUCCAACCUCUUGCCCUCAAAAACAGGUCACCCCAGCAACACGCCAACCUAAACAGGCCGAAAUUACGUUACCUUAUCAUCAGCAAACAGGAUUGCCCCAAACAACCCCGAUUAGAGGUGCAAGGAUUGAAACUCUAAGCAAUGGAUACGGUUCUGCAAUGCCUCCAGUUUUUUGUAUACAAUCAGGCCAGUCCCCACAGCAGAGUCCAGGUACAGUGGGAUCUAUCGAAUCUUUGCCUCCACUGAAUCCAUAUUAUCAAUUAAAUCAUCAAAACGGAAGUUCUCAGCAUUUUCAGAACAUGGAUAGAAGGAUCGAUGAUGCCACCAAUCAGGCACAUAACAAACUGGGGCCCACAUUGGAAGAUUGGGGACACAAGUCUUCAGCCACAGAUCAGAGUGAAAAUAGCAGUUUCUGUAAUGGUCCGAGUCACCUUCACAGCAUAGAUUCAGGAAGCAAUGGCAAAAUCAAUGCAGUUUCAGAUGUUAAAGCCUCGUCAGAACGUGGCAAUGAAGAAGGGUUCAUUGUACACGAGGGAACCUCUCAUCGAUCUGGACAAAGAGAAGCAGCUCUAACAAAAUUCCGUUUGAAGAGGAAAGAUAGAUGCUUUGACAAGAAGGUGCGAUAUGAGAGCAGAAAAAAGCUUGCUGAGCAGCGUCCACGGGUGAAAGGACAGUUUGUUCGACAACUGCCCAAUGAUCCUCAGCCAGGUGACUCAUCUACUGGUUAG